CACUGUAGAAAGAGGAUAGACGAAUAAGCCCUCUCUUGUUUCUGGUUUGGUAGAGAAUAGUGCGCAACAGAAACUUUAGAGUUAUCGUAGACUUUGUCGGAUAGGUAUACGCGUCGCGGUUCGUAUCCAAAAAAACGCGCCGCUUUUUCGAAUUUCUGUAUUUUAUGUAAUCGUGCACGUCUGUCUAAUGAUGACGGAAACUGUGGUAACUGUGCAAGACGCGCCCAACAGCAAUGCGGCUAAUAAACAAAGUGAAAGAGGACAUCCCUUAGGUUGGAUUAAAAUAAAUUUGGAUUAUUUUAAGACCGUGCCUGGAAUUCUUAAAUUGCUACAAUUGGUAUGCGGUAUCAUAUGUAUGUCAUGUGCGAAUACAAGGUUCGAGAAAGCGACACAUUUCUUCAUGUUCGUAGCAGUUAUGAGCUUCAUCUUUACACUUUUAAUGGUAGUUGCUUACUUGAUUAGUCUGCGAGAGGCUUUAGCGAAAUUUCCGAUCAACGUGCUUAUGAGCGAAUUAAUCACAACGGGUAUAUGGGCCGUAUGCUAUCUAAUAGCGUUUAUUAUCCAAUUAGCGAUUUGGUCCAGUAGCUGGUUCCCAGAUCGAGGUGCCAAUAUAGCGGCGGGGGUAUUUGGUAUAAUUAACACGGGAUUGUAUGGAUUUGGGACAUACCUUUUAUAUGUAGAGUCGAGGAGUAUAAGUUAGGUUGUAAGCGGAGGAAGGUUCUACGUUCAUUUACAGUGUGUCUUUUUUCUUCCAAAUUGAACAGCACUUU